AUGGUGGGCGCCAAAAGGGUUAGACGAGGUCACUACAUGGCGUAUCGGUUUAUCUCAUCAUUCAUUACCUACUUUUGGUUUUCAUUGAUUUACUCGUUAAUGUCACUUGCUUUCCAAAUCGAGAUGACCCGAGCCUAUGGCCACGCUGGGUUCAUGGUGUACUGGAUGACAAAUUGGAUGACGAUGACGGCCGUCGGGACAGUUAUUGAGAUUGCUGCGCUUAUGUUGACGUUGUAUUUCCCAACCUUACUUGGCUUCUGGUUGAUUUUCUGGGUGAUCUCCAAUGUGUCGCCCACGUAUACCCCCAUGACACUCACGGCAAACUUAUAUCGAUACAGGUACUCUUUCCCCAGUUACAAUGCCUACGAGUGUACUAAAAUGAUUCUUUUCAACACCCACAAGGGCCACAUUGGCUGGUGUUACGGUAUCAUUGCCGCGUGGAUAAUAGUGAUGAAUAUUAUCCUUUACUUUUGCAUCGACUUAUUCAUUAAGAAAAUGAGUCGGAAAGCUCAGCAGGCAGCUAUGAGAACCGAUGAAAAGAAAGGUUGA